CCGCGGGCCUCGGCGUCCACACCCCUCCCCAGUCGGCUCGCCGGCGGCUGCAGCUGGCCGCGCUCUGGGCUGGUUCUUAAACGAAUGCCGGUCUCUUUCCCCUUGGCCCCUACCCCUGGCGGGCUCGGGACCCGGUGCCUUGCACUCCCUCACGCCCAGGCAUCCACUUGGCCGGACAACUUUCUUCCUCCAGGUUCCAGACAGCCUGCUUUGCGGGCCUGUUCGCCCCAUAAAAGGACCUAGACGUCCAGCUAAACUCCUGCUGCAUGCUUUUCUUCUUCCUUAGGAAGGAUGGGGUGCGAUGGAGAGAGGAGCCUUCUUCCUGCUUUAUUCCUGCAUCUGAUUAUUGGGCUGAUGUGUGCUAAAGCUCCCGCACCGGGAAAACUGCCGAGGUUUUAGGGCUCACUAGCCCUUUCUUUGGUGGGCGCUCCCUCUCCUCCGCCCCUCGAGAUGGGUUGCGGGAAGCGGGCUGUGGAGCUGAGGAGUUGGUAGUAGAGACAAGCAUAUCGAACGCGCGCAAAAGGGAAAGAAAGAAAAGUUAUUACGCGCCCUGCCGUUUGCUUAGCAGGGUUCACAUUUUCGCGGUUUUGAAUUGAGGGACUUUGGAGUUUGGCCCGGGAGCCUUGGCGGUUUGCUGCGAGAGGAGGGCGCUGGGGGGAGCCUAGUGGCUGGUGUUUGGGCGCCUUGGAUGUGCUGUCAAACUCGGCAGGAGGGGACAGCUGAAGCCAGAAGGGAUUUCAGUUGCGGUCCUUUCCCAGGGAACCAGAGUGGCUUUAAUGGUGUUUGUGUAAUUGAUACAAGAUGCUAUGUGUUAAACCGUUUUAGCUGUUAGGAAAAAUAUUCCUUGAAAGUAUCAACCUUGCUUUAGUGGAAACCUGUGUCCUCUUCAGAGACCUGGGAUCUUAUUCUUCCUCCCCAUUGGUUGUUUUGUUGCUGCUCCCUUGCAAAGGAAAGAAAUGACACUUUUGUGCUGACAUCUGGAUCGAAUAUUUUUCUAGUAAAAUGUGUUUGCAAAAGCAAAAUUUAUGCCCCCUUAAAUAUAAUAUAAAUUUAAUGCCUGUACGAAGGGAACCCGUUUGUCGUUGAGGAAUAUCUACACCCAGUAUUAGAGCUCAGGUUAAUCCUGUUAGUCACUGUUUGCUUGUAUAGAACAGAGUGAAGUACACAGAGUGAAGUAUUUAACUUCACUGACAACUCACCAGUGAAUUUCUGAUUUACUUUCUGCCAGAAUUUAUUAUAGACAAGUAAUUUUAUUGAAAGACUCGAUGCCACAAAUCAUAAGAAAGCUCUCCAGAGAUGUGUAAUGCCUCCAAAUCCUGUCCAUCUAUCAGUUUUCCUGAAUAUCCUAGUAAAAAUGCUAACUUUAUUCCAAAAAUAUGAGCGAGGCAGUGUUUUUUUUUUCCAGCUGUUCUAAAGAGAAAGGUAGGGGUGUGUGUGUGUGUGUGUGUGAGACAGAGAAGGAAGGGAGAAAGGGGUAGGGAGAUAAAUAUAUUUGUUUUGAGAAGGCCCAAUUUAGGAAAAACAGAUUCUUGGAGGAAUUAAAGAAUAACAUAUUUGCUGAACGUGAAAGUGAUAAUAUAGGUUUAAUUCAUUCUUUCACAUGGUUAGUUCAUGGCUCACUCAAAAGAUGCCAGGCACUGUAUUAGACACCAACCAUAAGGUCACAAAAUACAGUAGGAAAAAAGCCCUGCCUCUUGGGCUUAGAAUUCAAUUGAACUAUUAACCAGGAAAGAAAUCAGCCAAAAAGAUUAUGUCUUAACAAGAAAAACAAAAAGGAAAGUAUAAUUUGAUCAUUACAACUGUUUUCUGGGGUAGGUGUCAUCUCUAUUUUACAGAAAACAGUCCUGCAUUUGAACCCAGAUCUGCCUGAUUGAUUGGACUGUAAAAGGUUAACGACUCUCACCUAGUUCAUUUCAAAUGUGGAGCUUAGACUAGGUUAUCUCUAAAGGUCCUUCAGGCUCACACCUGUAAUCCCAGCACUUUGGGAGGCCGAGGCCAGUGGAUCACCUGAGGUCAGGAGACCAGCCUGGCCAACAUGGCGAAACUCUGUCUCUACUAAAAAUACAAAAAAUAGCCGGGCGUGGUGGUGUACGCCUGUAAUCCCAGCUGCUGGGGAGGCUGAGGCAGGAGAAAUGCUUGAACCUGGGAGGUGGAGGUUGCAGUGAGCAGAGUUUGUGCCAUUGCACUGCAGCCUGGAUGACAGGGUGAGACUCCGUCUCAAAAAUAGCAACAACAAAAUAAAGGUCCUUUCAGAUUAUAACUUUUCCUGACUCUGUGAAUAUUAGUUGAGAAUACAAGAAUGAGGUGGACUAUGGAUCAGGUGCACAGUGCUAAAGAAACGUAAGACCGGGUCUUUGCCUUUAAGUAGCUCUUUGAGUCUUUGGGACCAUGAGACAAGUAUAUGUGAAAAAGCCAACAGUGCAAAGUGGUAUAUGACUGUGUGUCUAAGUUGAGUGGUAUGGGUAUUUUUUGGCUGUUCUGAGGAACAAGUUCAAUGUAGACUGAAACUAUGGUAACAUUUGAGAGAGACAGUGGGCUGCCUACAUUGUGUUUUCCACAGGAGGAUGAAUGUGCCUAACAGCUUGGGAGAAACUAGGAUUUUCUUUGCCUGGUGUAGCACUGGUGUUUUCUUUACCCACGAAUAAAGUAGAUGGAGAUAGUCCUGGAAGACAGUGGACAGGGCGGCUGUCAGAAUAGAGGAAACCAGCAUGGAGUGUAAUGAGUUAAAUAAGGCUUAUUUAACUGUCAGGUUAAAUAAGGCUUGUAUUUUACCUGUCAGGUUGGUGGCUCAGAAGAUUUUGACAUUCCCAGAUUAUUGAUCUUUUGGCUUUGCUGUCCAGUUUAGAUGGUUUUUGCUAAAGUAGCUUUGACCAUCAAAGAUAUAGGCAUGUAUACAUGCAUUUCCUAUGCUUGUUUUUUUUAUGUAGAAUGUUUAUUUUUCUGGAUAAAGGAAACAUUGUUGGCCACCCAGUAGGCAAAAUGUUUCUGGAUAAUGAUUUGUAAUGAAUGGAUUUGCUAUGAAAAGAUAUCUUGGAUGCUUGAUACUAUAAUUAUUAAAUGAGACUUCAGGGAGUUUGAGCAUCAUGAUUCUGUUUGGAAAUAUUUGGCCCAUGGGACUUUGACAGUUGUCUCACUGUUUACAGCAUUUAUAGGGUAGUCCGAACACUGAUUAAGAUGAUCCAUAAGGGCUUUUAAGUGACAAAAAAAUUGUUUUAGUUUUUUUUAAUUAAUUUUUUUUUUGAGAUGGAGUCUUGCUCUGUCACCCAGACUGGAGUGCAGUGGCACUAUCUCGGCUCACUGCAACCUCUGCCUCCCAGAUUCAAGCAGUUCUUCUGCCUCAACCUCCCCAGUAGCUGGGCAUCCACCUCCACACCCAGCUAAUUUUUGUAUUUUCAGUAGAGAUGGGAUUUCGCCAGGCUGGUCUCAAACUCCUGACCUCAGGUGAUCCGCCCACCUCAGCCUCCCAAAGUGCUGGGAUUACAGGCAUGAGCCACCACACCUGGCCUUAAAUUGUUUUGGUUUUAGCUUUAAAGCCAUCUCAUAUAUGGCCCCCAAUGUAUUCCAUUUACAGCUCCGUUUUAUGUUUACUGUUUCAUAGUCAACUCAAGCAGGAUUGUUUUUUGUACACACUAGUGUGUUAGUCUGAUGUGUAAGCUUUUCUUGAAUUUUCUAAAGAAUGACACACAAAAAAAUGAAAGUCAAGAGUAGUCAGCAGAUUCCCCAGCUUUUCCUUCUCUUUUUAAUUUUUUCUAUAUUCGCAAAAGGUUCUUUCUUGUAUGUGUUUCAUUCUCCUGGAAGUUUUUAAAAUCUACUUAAAAUGUAGGUGAAAAUUUUAAUGCUUCUUUUCAGGGUUGCUACUGUGGUGUUGCUGUUUUCAUCCUGUGUUAUAUAUUAAACAGCUGCUUUUUUACUUUGUUAAGGACCUGAUGGAAUCAUAAACAGAUUACUGUCACUAGGGUUACAGAAAACAAGUAAAGUCUUGGUAGUAUGCACUCAACAAUGGUGCUCAGAUUUUUAAAGAAUUAUUUAAAGAAAUGAUGGUGAAAUUUUCAUCAGAACCUGAAAUUUUAGCUGAAAUAAGAUGCAAGUCUGUAAACAAAGUAUUGUUUCAAGACAGCUGGCUACCACCAUAGCUCUGCAGGAGGAGCUUCCUUGCCUGAAGCCCAAACACUAAGUUUGGGCUCCUCCAUAGCCCAGCUGUCAGCAUUGGGCAGGUGCACAAUCUCAGCAGGAGAACCUGCUUCUGAGGCCAGAGCAAGGUGGCCUGUUAGCUGACAGCCAGCCUGGUGGCAAGGCCCCAGCCAGUUCUUAGGUAGGUAAUCUGUACCCAGCGUGGGCUCUCUGUCUGCUCUGCAGCUGUCAAUUAACAGGACAACUCUUGUCUGGACUUCAAAAACACACCCCUGGUUCUGGAAAUGGGCCUAGAAACAGAAAUAGCCUCUCCUACUGGGUGGGCACCUGACAUCUGACAUGGAGGAGAGGGGCGUGGGCAGGCCAAGUGUCAGCAUCUCCUUGGUUCAAGGACAACCCAGGACCUGUGCUAAGCAUGAAACCCCUGCUCAAUAGUGUCACUACAACAAAGAGGACUGUCAUGUCUAGAAGCUCUUCCUAUCCUUUUUUGACAAUUACCACUAGCAAUCAAUGGAUUCUGAUGUUUCUGCUUACAGUGACUGAAUAACCAUAAUUAUUCUAUUGAAGGAAAUUUUUUCUUCCCAUCCUCAUGUUAGUAAACAUAAUUCAGACUCCCAAUGUUUUUACCUUUUCAAGUGUAGCAAGAAUGUUUUUUCUGUUAACAGAGAUCAUCAACUUGCAAUUACAUUAAGCCUUUAUGAUGGUUAAUGAUAGUUCAUUUGUUGUGCCUGGGCUGAAUGAUAAGCGUAGAACUCUCCACGUGCAACUUGCUGAAUCUCCAAAUCUGAUUGCUACCUUUUGAGAUUCAGAAUUACUGUUAGGAAGGUGCAUUAGUUUGGAGGGGGUAGUUUGAGAAUUCUGCUGGCUCUUUAAAAUUAUUUUUUUAAGAGAUCAUCUUGGAACAAAAGGUGGCAAGAGUUAUAGUUGGAUAAUCUGUUUGACAAGUGACUGGUUAUUUCAGUGUAUUUUGCCAUAACCUGCUUAAAAAUGUAAGGAGUAAAACACACAGCGUUUUUUGAGAGUGAGUAAAAUUCCAUAUUUUAGACUUAACAUAAAAAUAUGUAGAUAAGCUAUUGACAAUUUGUAGACUGAGAAAGUUUCAGAGGUGAUAGAUUCUUUUUUUUUUUUUUUUUUUUUUUUUUUUGAGAUGGAGUUCCGCUCUUGUCCAGGCUGGAGUACAAUGGCAUGAUCUUGGCUCAUGGCUCACUGCAACCUCCAUCUCCCGGAUUCAACUGAUUCUCCUGCCUCAGCCUUCCAAGUAGCUGGGAUUACAGGCUCCUGCCACCACGCCCGGCAAUUUUUUUUUUGUAUUUUUAGUAGAGAUGGGUUUUUGCCAUGUUGGCCAGGCUGGUCUCGAACUCCUGACCUCAGGUGAUCCGCCUGCCUUGGCCUCUCAAAGUGCUGGGAUUACAGGUGUGAGCCACCGUGCCCAGCCAGAGGUGAUAGAUUCAAAACAUGUGUUAGGUACUCAGCAGUCCUAAUUUUCUUACAGAGACUGACAGCCAGAAGGAGCAUUGUAGUAGAUGGGCUACUACUUUACUUUUGAAGAAUUUUGUAUUAAAAUGUAAUUUGAUGCACCCACUGAUGCUUUUAGUGGGGAUGUUUUGCUAUAGUGGAAGGAAACUCAGACUGAGUGUCAGGACCCGGAUUCUACUUGGCUUUGCCGUUACCCACCCACAGGAGCAUUUGACCAUUCUGAUCCUCAGUUUCCUUACCUGUAAAAUGGGGGAGGGAGGAGCUGUAGAUCUUCAGCAGAAGCCCUGUUGCAGUUUAGCGUUCCUCUUCUCAGACAUUUUCUUGGGUGGAAGGGACAAAUGGGGAGCUCUUCAAUAAGCUGCAACAUAAAUUUUUGGGGGACAUAAAUCUUCCUUGUGGGGAAAUCUUUAUUUAUCUUAAAUAGUUUAGUGACUGCUUAAGCAGUAUUCUUUGGGGACUCUUGGUUUUUAACUGAAGGCAGACCUGCAUGCAGGGCCUUUGGCUGCUGUGCUCCUGGGCUGGGUGCUGUGUCUUGAGCCCCUGUGCAAUGUCUGGCUCAGAGUAGGAGCUCAACAGAUGCCUGUUGACUGAAUAAUAAACAGGUAUCGCAGGAGCUUUUGUUAUGUGCCAUGUGUGGAAUGCAAGGAAGGAAAGGCCCACUCCCUGCCCUUAAGGAGUUUCUAAUCUGUUUGUGAAGACAAGCUGUCAGUCAUUUUAUAGGAGCUAUGAUAUAUGAUUAGUUGCCAAAUGAAAGAGUUUAGAGUGAGAACAGGGGAUGCAGGGGUACGAGAUGCCAGGGAAGACUCCGCAAAUGAAUUUUACACUUUGCUUUUAGAAGAGCUGGUGUACUGCUGGCAGCAACAGCAAAAUCUUAAGGGAGGGCUGGUUUUAAAGGAAGAACAAAGAUUUGUGUUGAGUUUAGAUGUCCUCAUGAAAAAAACUGCUUCCCAGCACCCCAGUUUCAUGUGAGGAGUUUGGCUGUCAGCUGUAUCUUCUAGUUUGAGAAGUUUUUGUUUCUGCUAAGAUCUAAUGUUCCUCAUGGGUUCCUGAGCACAAGUGAAUUUUCUGCAUCAAACUAGAAAUGAACAAAACAACUUGUUUGGUCACCUGAACUUAUUAAAAUUCCAAGGGACAUGAGUUGUUUAAGAUUUCUUUAUGUCUGUUUUAAGCUAAGUAAUUCAUUCUGGCAAGCAGUUAGUUUACAACAGAGAGGGAGCAUGUUCUGGUGGGAGGGAGAAUAAAAGAGCCUUUGAUUCAUUUGCUUCUGAGUUCCAGCAGCAGGGCCAGGGCUGCCUUGGGCUAGCGUCUUAUUUCGGACUUUGGAAGCCAUCUUAGCCCAGCUGUGUGAGUGCCAGCUCGUGUUGGGGGGGAGAGAAUAACACCAACGGAUCACAUGAAACCCCCUCUCCCUGUGGAUGGAGGGGUUUCUCUCAUUUCACAUUCCUCGCAUCAACAUGGUGCCUAAUUUCCACCAAGUUAGAGCUCCAUCUGAAUUUGCCAUUUGAACUUGGAUUGAAGUCACGAUCUUUCUGUGACUCCUUUUAUCUCAGUCUGCCAACUAAUACAGAAAACUUAUCAAGUCACAGGUCUCUUUAUUCUCCCCUCUUGGGGUAUAACACACAUAAAAUUAGCAUUCUUUCUUUUUUAUAUUACCCUUGGCAGAAAGUGGCCCAUUGUACUGUGGAUUUCCAUAUUUAUUAAAUAACUAGGCUCUUCCAUUGCCAGUGGGAUGGCUAUAGGAGCCUCAAUAAAUUGUAGAUGACAAUUUAGGCCUGUAGAAUUGCUGAGGAAAGUCAUUUUUAGGAACUGGAAUUUUUUGCUCAUUCUAGGCUUCUAUGUUUGAGCAUCUUAAAUAAUAGAAGAAUGCCCUAACUGCAAAAAAGAAUCAUUUCUCUUUUAAGCAAUUCACUUAUUCAUAGGAGCGAAGUUCUCCCUAGUUUAAAAGGUCACAUUACUGAAUAAAGUACACUAUAACCUAAGAGCUUUUGACCUUCUCCCAGCCCGUUUUUAAAAAGAAUUAAGACUAUGCACUGUAAUGCAUAUUUGGUUGUUAUCUCUGUUACAUUAGCUCUUGAAGCAUUCUGAUUACAACUUGUAGCUGCCAAGCCCUGUCCUGCAGUAUUAUCUGGAACAAAAAUUUUCCAUGUGGUUGUUUUUAGCAGAGCUACUAUAUGCAAACUGCACGUGAAGGAUAUAAGUUAUAAAGGAAUAGAGCUUCUAGAAGGAGAAAUGCAUGGAAGAGGAGAUGGUUCGUGUUACGCAGUGGCCGUUUAACUGGAGAUCCAGAUGUUUUGGAAUAUUACAAAAAUGAUCAUGCCAAGAAGCCUAUUCGUAUUAUUGAUUUAAAUUUAUGUCAACAAGUAGAUGCUGGAUUGACAUUUAACAAAAAAGAGUUUGAAAACAGCUACAUUUUUGAUAUCAACACUAUUGACCGGAUUUUCUACUUGGUAGCAGACAGCGAGGAGGAGAUGAAUAAGUGGGUUCGUUGUAUUUGUGACAUCUGUGGGUUUAAUCCAACAGAAGAAGAUCCUGUGAAGCCACCUGGCAGCUCUUUACAAGCACCAGCUGAUUUACCUUUAGCUAUAAAUACAGCACCACCAUCCACCCAGGCAGAUUCAUCCUCUGCUACUCUACCUCCUCCGUAUCAGCUAAUCAAUGUUCCACCACACCUGGAAACUCUUGGCAUUCAGGAGGAUCCUCAAGACUACCUGUUGCUCAUCAACUGUCAAAGCAAGAAGCCCGAACCCACCAGAACGCAUGCUGAUUCUGCAAAAUCCACCUCUUCUGAAACAGACUGCAAUGAUAACGUCCCUUCUCAUAAAAAUCCUGCUUCCUCCCAGAGCAAACAUGGAAUGAAUGGCUUUUUUCAGCAGCAAAUGAUGUACGACUCUCCACCUUCACGUGCCCUAUCUGCUUCAGUUGACUCCAGCCUUUAUAACCUGCCCAGGAGUUAUUCCCAUGAUGUUUUACCAAAGGUGUCUCCAUCAAGUACUGAAGCAGAUGGAGAACUCUAUGUUUUUAAUACCCCAUCUGGGACAUCGAGUGUAGAGACUCAAAUGAGGCAUGUAUCUAUUAGUUAUGACAUUCCUCCAACACCUGGUAAUACUUAUCAGAUUCCACGAACAUUUCCAGAAGGAACCUUGGGACAGACAUCAAAGCUAGACACUAUUCCAGAUAUUCCUCCACCUCGGCCACCGAAACCACAUCCAGCUCAUGACCGAUCUCCUGUGGAAACGUGUAGUAUCCCACGCACCGCCUCAGACACUGACAGUAGUUACUGUAUCCCUACAGCAGGGAUGUCGCCUUCACGUAGUAAUACCAUUUCCACUGUGGAUUUAAACAAAUUGCGAAAAGAUGCUAGUUCUCAAGACUGCUAUGAUAUUCCACGAACAUUUCCAAGUGAUAGAUCUAGUUCACUUGAAGGCUUCCAUAACCACUUUAAAGUCAAAAAUGUGUUGACAGUGGGAAGUGUUUCAAGUGAAGAACUGGAUGAAAAUUACGUCCCAAUGAAUCCCAAUUCACCACCACGACAACAUUCCAGCAGUUUUACAGAACCAAUUCAGGAAGCAAAUUAUGUGCCAAUGACUCCAGGAACAUUUGAUUUUUCCUCAUUUGGAAUGCAAGUUCCUCCUCCUGCUCAUAUGGGCUUCAGGUCCAGCCCAAAAACCCCUCCCAGAAGGCCAGUUCCUGUUGCAGACUGUGAACCACCCCCUGUGGAUAGAAACCUCAAGCCAGACAGAAAAGGUCAAAGUCCUAAAAUUAUAAGACUCAAACCCCAUGGUUUAGAGCGAACUGAUUCACAAACCAUAGGUGACUUUGCUACAAGAAGAAAGGUCAAGCCAGCACCUUUAGAAAUAAAACCUUUGCCAGAAUGGGAAGAAUUACAAGCCCCAGUUAGAUCUCCCAUCACUAGGAGUUUUGCUCGAGACUCUUCCAGGUUUCCCAUGUCCCCCCGACCAGAUUCAGUGCAUAGCACAACUUCAAGCAGUGACUCACACGACAGUGAAGAGAAUUAUGUUCCCAUGAACCCAAACCUGUCCAGUGAAGACCCAAAUCUCUUUGGCAGUAACAGUCUUGAUGGAGGAAGCAGCCCUAUGAUCAAGCCCAAAGGAGACAAACAGGUGGAAUACUUAGAUCUCGACUUAGAUUCUGGGAAAUCCACACCACCACGUAAGCAAAAGAGCAGUGGCUCAGGCAGCAGUGUAGCAGAUGAGAGAGUGGAUUAUGUUGUUGUUGACCAACAGAAGACCUUGGCUCUAAAGAGUACCCGGGAAGCCUGGACAGAUGGGAGACAGUCCACAGAAUCAGAAACGCCAGCGAAGAGUGUGAAAUGAAAAUAUUGCCUUGCCAUUUCUGAACAAAAGAAAACUGAAUUGUAAAGAUAAAUCCCUUUUGAAGAAUGACUUGACACUUCCACUGUAGGUAGAUCCUCAAAUGAGUAGAGUUGAAGUCAAAGGACCUUUCUGACAUAAUCAAGCAAUUUAGACUUAAGUGGUGCUUUGUGGUAUCUGAACAAUUCAUAACAUGUAAAUAAUGUGGGAAAAUAGUAUUGUUUAGCUCCCAGAGAAACGUUUGUUCCAUAGUUAACACACUCGUAGUAUUACUGUAUUUAUGCACUUUUUCAUCUAAAACAUUGUUCUGGGUAUUCCCAAUGUACCUUACCAUAAUUCCUUUGGGAGUUCUUGUUUUUUGUCACACUACUUUAUAUAACAAUACUAAGUCAACUAAGCUACUUUUAGAUUUGGAAAUUGCUGUUUAAACUACAGUCUAACAACAUUAAAAUGAGAGGUAGAUUCACAAGUUAGCUUUCUACCUGAAGCUUCAGGUGAUAACCAUUAGCUUAUACUUGGGCUCAUCAUUUGUUGCCUUCCAAAAUGCUGAGGAUAAUGUAUGUACUGGUGUCAGGACCUAGUUCUCUGGUUAAUGUACAUUUAGUUUUUAAUGGUGGAACUUUGUUAUAUUUUGUUAAUUACAGUGUUUUUGGUUCAUUGAGUGAAGAUUCUGCCGGGUGGGAUCUUGCACCUUUGAAAGACUGAAUAAUUACACUACCAAGUAAGCCUGCAAAUCAUUGAUGGCAUGCAGUGAUGAUGUGCUCUUACACUUGUUAACAUGUAUUAAAUGUUAUUUGCAAAAGGUAGAUUAUGUAACCAAUCAGGUACGUACCAGGCAGUGAUGUGCUAAUACACUGAUCAGGUUUAGACAAUGAGCUUUGGUUGUGUUCUUGUUAGUCCUAAUAUUGGUUUUCAGUUUGGAAUUAAUAAAGCAGUUGACAUUCACUGUUAGUUACAGCAACAUACUGUGAUUUUUAAUUAGAUAGUAAUUCAGAUUUAUUACUCUAUGAAAUUCUGUCUUUUGACACCAUAGUGCCCUUUCUAUGAUUUUUUUUACUUAAUAUUCUUCUUGGCCUUAUAUUUAAUUCCCUAUGCAAUUAAUAUUUUAUAUCUGCAUUUUUUAAAAAAAAAAUAGAUGUUAUAUAAGUGAUUCUUGUAUGUAGCACCUGUUGCUUUUCCACUGAAAGAAUUACGGAUUUUGUACUGUGAUUUAUAUUCACUGCCCCAAUUCAAGAAAUAUUGGAGCCUUGCUACAAUGUGAAAUGUUAUAGUCAUGGACUCCUUCCAACCAGAUUUCUGAAAACACCAGAGGGAUGGUAUAAUUCUGUCUCACCUAUAACAUGGUCCUGUGACAUAGAUAUUAAGACCACAAGUUGUAGUGAGGCUACAAUUAUAUUCGUCUGUCUUGGCUUUGCAACAUAAUUUAGAAAGCACGUAUAGUUGUUUUUUAACCAAGUUACAUACAAUCUCAUGUACUGAUUUGAGACUUAUAACAAUUUUUGGAGGGGGCAUAGAGAAAGGAGUGCCCACAGUUGAGGCAUGACCCCCUCCAUUCAGACCUCUAACUGUUGGCCUGAGUACACAGAUGUGCCCUGAUUUCUGGCCCAUUGGCCAUAGUACUGUGCCUAAUCAAUGUAAUAGGUUUAUUUUCCCAAUCCUCAAACUAAAAAUGUUCAUAACAAGAUGAAUUGUAGACUAGUAACAUUUGAUGCUUUUAAAUAUUUGCUUCUUUUUAAACAAAAACUAAAACCCAGAAGUGAAUUUUUAGGUGGAUUUUUAAAUAAAAAAGAUUGAUUGCGUUUGGUGUGCAAGCUGUUUUAUAAUGAAACCACAAAAUGAAAUCUAAAAUCCUGAAAUGUGCCUAAACUAUCAAAACACACGAUACAGCUAAUGUGUAAAGAUGCUAAGUUCUGUUACUUGGAGGAUGAAUAUAUUUAAGAUUUAAAACACAAUAAUAAAUACAUGAUUAAUUCAAAAAUAAAAAUCUUUACAGCGGCCUGUCAAGGGUCUAAAGCACUUAAUGAAUGUUUUUAGUCUAACUUAUCACUAACUUUUUACAAGUCACCAUAUUUGAAGAUCUGUAGCACUCUGAUUUUCAGAAAAUUUUUCAUUCUGAAUAAUUUAAAAAUGGUGAUGUAUUAGAAAGGCAGUUUGCUUUAGAAAACUAAAUCACAUUGAACAUUGUAUUAGAGAAUUAAAUUAAAAGUUUCUUACAGAGCAGUAUUUUCCAAACAUUUUUAGCACUAGAAUCUUUUUAGAUGAAAUUUUAUGUAUAACCCCAAUACAUAAAGCCUGAAAACUCAAUUUUAUCAAUAUAAAUGUAUUUUGGGUUCACAUUUAUGCUUAUUCAUUUUGGCUCAUUACUAAGCAUAAUAAGAUUCUGAGUUAUUUCUGAAUAACACAAAUGUGGAGUUAUACAUAGUUGAUGAAACCAGCAGCCAAUUUAUAGCUAUGCCCUGUUUUAUUUGUAUGCUAUCAAGAAAAUUUUGAUUCACACAAAUGUAAGCAAAAAUAAUAGGUUUUAAACAUACAUCUCAGGAAAUUCUUUAAUUAGAGAUAGCUAAAGUUAUUCAAGGUCUAUACAAAAAUAAGUUAUCCUGGUAGUGGAAGUUAAUACAUAAGCAGUCUCCAGUGUGGUAAAGUAGGGUAUGUAACACAUCAGAAUAUGCGUUUUUAUUAGGUUUUAAAAUAUGCACCUAUAAAAACUAAAUUUGAAUCAAACCCUUUUAACUCACCUCCAAGAAGCUAGACUUUGGCCAGAAAUGGGCUAAAAACCACUGGUUAACGAUGUGACAGUUAUGAUCUUGGAGAUUGGAAAUCUUUCUUCCACAUUAGAGUUCUUUACCUUAAUUCCUUAUUCUGAAAAAUUGUAAGAUUUUAUGAAGGUUUGAAUACCAAAGCACAGUUCUGCUUUCAAAAAUUAAAAUUCGAACUUGAAAAAGCUGUUUAACCCAUGGAAGAUAUCAUUUAGUAAGAUGUAAAAGAUUUUUUAAAUCUACACAUCAGUUUAUACAUCUUUAUCAUUAUCAAUACUAUAUAAGUUACUGUGAGCAUUUUAGAGAAUUCCAUAAAGGUACUAUGAGUGUGUCUGUAUGUGUGUGUAUAUAUAGCAUUGUAUUUAAUCAUAGACUAAAUUUAAUUUGAUAUAGAAAUACUACUUUACUUGUACAUUAAGGUCAUAAUUUCUGCUGGACUCUUUUAUAUUUAAUUAAUGGGGAUUAUAGUCUUCCUUCAUAAAUGCAUUUAAACCUGAAA